AUGCGGGUGCUGGUGCUGGCACUGACGCUGGCACUGCCCAGCGCUGGGCAGCAGCACGAGGAGGAGGCCCAGCGCAUCAUGAGCACCACACCGGUCAUUGACGGGCACAAUGACCUGCCCUGGCAGCUCCUCCUGAGGUUCAACAACCAGCUGAGGCUGCCACAGGCCAACCUGACGCUGCUCAACGACACUCACACUAACAUCCCCAAGCUGCGCCGAGGGCACGUGGGAGGGCAGUUCUGGUCGGUGUAUGUGCCGUGCGAGACGCAGAACAAGGACGCGGUGAGGCGCACGCUGGAGCAGAUCGACGUGGUGCACCGCAUGUGUGAGCUGUACCCCGAGGCCUUCGCCUGCGUCACUGACAGCGCCGGCAUUCGGGAGGCAUUCCAGAACAAGAAGGUGGCCAGCCUCAUCGGAGUGGAGGGAGGUCACUCCAUUGACAGCAGCCUGGGCGUCCUGCGCACCUUCUACCGCCUUGGUGUUCGCUACAUGACCCUCACCCACAGCUGCAACACCCCCUGGGCUGACAACUGGCUGGUGGACACCAAGGAGGAGGUGCCUGUGCACCAUGGCCUCUCACCCUUUGGGAAGACAGUGCUGGCAGAGAUGAACCGCCUGGGCAUGAUUGUGGACCUGGCCCACGUCUCAGUGGAGACAAUGAGGGCCACGACGGGCAGCCUGGUGAUGGUCAACUUCUACAAUGCCUACGUGACCUGUGCGGACACAGCCACACUGUCCGAUGUCGCAGACCACAUGGACCACAUAAAGAAGGUGGCUGGUGCCCAGUCUGUUGGCUUCGGUGGGGACUACGACGGGGUCUCAGGGCUUCCCACCGGCCUGGAGGACGUCUCCACAUACCCUGCGCUGGUGGCCGAGCUGCUAAAGAGGAACUGGACAGAGCAAGACGUGAGGGCAGCCCUGGCCGAGAACCUGCUCCGAGUCUUCAGCAAGGUGGAGGAGGUGAAGAAGACCCUGCAGGGCACAGCUGCCCACGAGACACCCAUCGACUUCAAGGAACUGGAGGGGCCGUGCAGGACCAGCUAUGGAUACCCCAACGGCACCGGCACAGCACGGCUCCCUCCCGCAGCGCUGGUGCUGGCACUGGCCCUGUUCCUCUCCCUGCUCUUCUAG